UUCUUUGCAUUUUUGGAAACCAGACUCGGUGCUUGAGAUACCGUGUGAAAUUCUUGAGAAUGGUGUUCACAUGUAGAUUCUAUUCUCAACGCUACCCUGAGGUGGAAGAUGUUGUCAUGGUAAAAGUCCGUGAAAUCGCGGACAUGGGAGCGUAUGUCCAUCUCCUGGAAUACAACAAUAUUGAAGGAAUGAUUCUUCUUUCCGAACUUUCUCGCCGUCGAAUCCGGUCCAUUAACAAACUGAUCAAAGUGGGCAAAACUGAACCGGUAGUCGUCGUUCGUGUCGACAAAGAUAAAGGGUACAUUGAUCUGUCGAAGCGUCGUGUUUCUGCGGAGGACGUCGAGAAGUGUACAGCAAAAUAUUCAAAUGCGAAAGCAGUGAAUUCCAUCCUACGUCACGUUGCCGAAGUGAUGAAGUUUGACGCUGAAGCGCAGCUGGAAGAUCUGUAUCAGAGGACGGCUUGGCGCUACGAAAAUAAAACCAACAAACAGGGUUCAUCCUAUGACUUCUUCAAAUCUUGUGUCGUGACACCAAAUUUAUUGGACGAGUGUGGGUUGAACGAAGAAAUCAAGAAGAUUUUGCUGGAGAACAUCCAACAAAAGUUGACAUCGCAGGCUGUGAAGAUUCGGUCUGAUAUUGAAGUUACUUGCUUCUCUUAUGGCGGAAUAGACGCGAUCAAGGAAGCCCUGAGGGCUGGUUUAGCAUGUUCCACGAAAGACAUCUCCAUCAAAAUUCAGCUGAUCGCUGCUCCGCUUUUUGGUAUAGUUGUUGUGAUGACCACAUCGACUCCAGAUCGGCAGAACGGGAUUGAUGUCUUGACUAAAGCCAUAGAAGAGAUUUCUAAAGCGAUCAAGGAGAGAGGCGGGAAUUUCACUCUCCAGUUACCACCAAAGGUAGUGACAGAUAUCGACGACGCGGAUCUGGCGAAGCAGAUGGAGAAGGCGGAGAGGGAAAAUAUGGAAAUCGCCGGCGAUGAUGAUGCCGACAGCGACGAUGAGGAAAAUGCCGCAGGCGACGCACCUGUUGAUGAUGCGGAGCCCGAAAUCUGAGGCCCGAAAGUGUUAUCUUCCUGUGUUGAAUUGUCCAGUGCUUUUUUUGUUCAAGGCACAGGAAUACUAUGAUUCCGAAAGGA